AUGAAUGCUAAUCAGGGUAUAGUUAUUGGAUUCUUUUUUAUGGCAUUGGCUGGAGAAAUAGGUAGGUGCUAAAAGUAAAAUUGCAGUCACCAACAGUGUUUUCCACCUUAUUUGAAGACCGAUCAGCAUCAUAUCGGGGAAAAAAGGGAUGCAUACGGAGUAACUCAUGUAUAGCGACAAGUGUUUCUUAAUUAUUGGACUAAAGUGUUUUUGGUCUUGGAUAUUCAGGACGUGUUUUUGGAAUGCGGGGAACUGUUUUGUCCCCAUAGAAACCACUCCGUAGGUGCAAAAUUAACAGGACUCUAAACAUGAAUAAGAUAAAGAAUUUCGCUUUUCUAUGAUGCGAUUUUUGGGGAAAGUUAUUGUAAAGAACCCGUACCCGGAAAGGAAAAGCGAAAAAUUCUUUCAUUUUGCCAAAACUUGCCUACAUUUGGCAUCAUUUUCUUGAGCUUAUAAGCGCCAGGUGCUAUCUAAAAGUUUCAUGUUUUUUUUUUUCUUUUAAAUUUUAUCAUCUCCUGACUCCGAAGAUGAGGCAACCCGAAACUUUUUUAAAACAAUUUUUAAAUCGUAUUUUGUUUUUCUGGUGGUAGGAUUGGGAUUAGCCAAAGCUUCAAGAUUAGCGUCGGGAGCCCACGAAAUUCAGGGAAAAUUUUGGUCGGGAUGGCAGAAAAACUAUUCAAUAUCAGAUUAUUAAGGCAAAUCGUCGAUUGCCAUGGAAAAGUUCAAUCAAAAAAAAGAAUUUCAUCUUAGUGUUUGGUGUUAUUAUUUUUCAGGCUGCCAUCCUUCUAAAGUUCCAGCAGAGGAUACUUUUGAUGACUUUUUAACCCAAGAGGAUAUCACCGCUCUCACUAAAAUACUUGAACAGGAUGAUGUAUUGAAAUCUACGAAGUCCAUUUUAAAACAUAUCUGGCCUUUCAAAAAGUAUCUGUAAGUAAAUGAUACAAUUAUUAGUCUGUAAUUGGACAUACAAAAAUAUGUUAGGGCAGUAAACGGGAGAAAAGACAAUUUUCGACUCGAAAAGUAUAUAUUACAUUUGCAUGCGUCGUGUGAUGUUCUUUCACUUUGCUACAAAUGUCACCUCUGUUUGGACACUGGCAUCAUAUUCAGUUCGAGCAAGGUCGACAGUUUAUGAUGUGGCAGAUACAUUUGCAUGCAAAUUUAGGUGCAAAGGAAGAAGUAUUACAAAAAAGUUAAAAACAUAUGCCGACAGAUGCACUGGCUACAUGUGUUUGAUUGAUUUUCCGUAAGUCAGAGUUCCGUCAAACUUAUGUGCAUAUUAAAACUGUUUUCUAUUUAUAACCUUUAAAAUUAGGUAAACAGGUAGGAAAUCUCAUGAUAUAGUUACGAGACGGGUGGGCCUGAUUAUGUCUGACGUACCCAGCUGUGUCUAUUUUUUCUCACUAUUUCAAUAAGCAUUGCUGUCUAACUGUUUCGCUGAAAAAACUGUGAUUUUAUUCUCUUUAAGGUUGCCCAUUUUCAAAAAAAUCCUUAUUGGAAUUUCAAAAAGCAAGAAUCCAACUGAUAUUCUACUUGACAUUAUUCAUGUCCUCGAGGGAGGCAUAGAGAAGAACAAGAAAAACAUGAAACCUCGGAAAGAAGAAAACCGUACCAAUGCAGAGGAGGAGAGGACGAAAGAGGAAGAGGUUUACGAACCUUCCGCAUCAGGAGAAUCGGACCUGGAAUUACAUGAAGAUACCAAAGAAAUACAUCCUAAGUUCAAAAUUACUGGACCCGAAGAAUGGUAG